CAUGAACGCGCACAAACGUGCACAGGUUUAGAACUGCUGUUCAACUCGAAACGGGAAUUUACAGCGCUUCAGCAAUUCCGUCAUUCACAUCAAUGUGACAGAAGACCGUUUUUUACAUAAACUUCAGACACAUGCACUUUUAAAGAGGGUGAGAAUUUUAGGGAUAGGCCUACAAACUCAAAGGAUAGUAGCAUACAGAGAUGAUGAGGACAAACAUGCAUGAAUGGGAUCACACAAAUAGCUAGCAUUAAUCAUAAUAAAUUCCUCCCUGUAGUGAAUCUUUAUGCAUGCUCCUUAAAUGCUGUCAAGUUGUUUUCAACAGCAGAUCUAUAGCUCCCUCCUUUGAGAAGAGCACGCACAACUUAAAUUUAGUUCAAACACGUGUUCAAGCUUUAUCUCCACCACCAUAUAUUGGCUUGCAUGGUGUUUUUCUAGUCAAAUAUGAGAAAGCUGUAACACACAAACAAGAGAAAUGGAUCAGCGAUUAGUUUAGAGAAAAAGGAUAAUGCAUUCAAGAUUAUAAUUAAGCUAAAUAGAUGUAUUGACAAGCCUAUACAGUGCACUUUCCUGUGGAUAGUGGAUAGUUCUAAAAGUGUUCCUGACCCUGACGGUGUGGAUGCAGAGGAUGUUGGGAUGCAAGGGAUCAUCUGGGACAGGGGUGAGGUACAAGCUGACUCUGGCUACAGGACUGCUGGAGUGCUUGUGUUUCGCUGGAGUCGUGUUUGGCUGGGCGUCUCUCGUGUUUGUCCUCAAGACAGAUGGCUACUUCAGCGAUCUAUGCAUCAAUGUGACAGAUGCUAGUAGAGAACCUGGCUCAGAUUGCAGUCUGCAAGAUGAGAAUUUCUCUUUGGUCUUUACCGUGGCCUCGUUCAUGAACAACUUUCUCACUCUGCUCAAUGGAUUUGUCUUCGACCACUUUGGCACGAUGGCAACGCGAUUUUUGGCUAUAUUUCUUUAUACCACCGGCACGUUUAUUGUGGCAUUGUCCAGUAAAGCUCUCUCUUUUUUGCUUUUUCCUGCUCUGUCCUUCAUAGCUGUGGGGGGUAUUUUAUUUCUGAUGACAAAUAUUCAGGUGGGGAACCUCUUUGGCACUCAUAGAUCAACCAUUAUUACAGUUUAUAAUGGGGCCUUUGACUCUUCAUCAGUUAUCUUUCUUAUCAUUAAGGUGCUAUAUGAGAAAGGGGUCUCUCUUCACUCCUCAUUCUUCUUCCUCUCGGCCUGUAAUCUUAUUCUUCUCCUCCGGACUCUCUUCCUUAUGCCAAAAUCACACAUUCCUUAUCCCAUCCCAGAGCACUACAGAUAUGGGAUGAGCUGUGCUAAAUCAAAUAGCUACAAUGUUGAGCAGUACGAGGCAAACCAAGAGCUGAGUUCAGACAGAGGCAGAGGUGUAGAUGAUGAGCCACUGGAAACUGACUCACUACAGCUAACAGACAACUCUGAGAAAGACAGUUUUAUGAGCUGUGUUCUUUCCUGGCUCUUCCUGUGGCACCUCAUAUGGCUGUCAGUCAUGCAGCUUCGCCAUUAUUUCUUCAUUGGAACUCUGAAUCCAAUGCUGAACAGACUGGCCAAACAAGACCCAGUCAUUGUGAGUGAGUACACCAAUGCGUUUGCUUUCACCCAGCUCUGUGGAGUUCUCUGUGCUCCCUGGAACGGCCUGCUAAUGGACAGACACAAAAGAAAACCCCUAGGCUCAGGCGUGUCUGAACGGGAAGCAGACCUGCGCUCGUCCGUUCUGUCUCUCCUCCUCACCUCUCUGCAGUGCCUCUUGUUCUCCAUCUGUGCAAGCAUUCCGUUCCUCCCUCUCCAGUAUAUGACAUUCAUCCUUCAGGUCCUUAACCGCUCCUUUCUGUAUGGAGGGAAUGCUGCAUUCAUCAGUAUAGCGUUUCCAGGCCGCCAUUUUGGAAAGCUGUAUGGGCUAGUGAUGUCCCUAUCAGCUGUGGUGUCAUUGCUGCAGUAUCCCUGCUUCGCCCUCAACAAAGUUCUUGGAGGAGACCCCUUCUAUGUGAACAUCAUCCUGACUGUCCUGACUCUACUGGCCUUCAUUCAUCCUGUCUAUGUGUUUCUUCACUGCAGAGAACUGGCAAAACAGAGAGAGAAUUCACAGAGCAUUCUAGAAGCCUCGAUACAGGAAGUAUCAAUGUAUUAAUUCAAAUCACUUCAUCUACAGAAGUACUUGAUUAUGCAUAUGAUUGUGCAGCUCUGUCCUGGCCUUAGCUUUUUGUAAAUAACAAAGGGAAUAGUAAUAAGCAUUGUCUUUGUGUAUUCUCAACUUUUUACCACCAUUUUAGAGAUUCAAAUGCUCAGAAAUAAGAGUUAACAGUCAGAGAUUUAAACGAAUUCCAUUUAAUUAUAUUAGUUAUUGAAUAUUUACAAUCUUCAUGAAUACAGAAAAUAACAAUAAAAAUAUUUAACUAUUUUUUAUAGUUCAGUGUUGUUGGCAAGAACAGAUAGUUAGAAAAAAACAUUGGUUUAAACACAAACAUAUGCAAAGAGAGAUCACAUGGGUGUCAGAAACAGGUUUUUACAAGGGAUCUCCAGGUAAUUGUGUUUAAUAAUUCCAGACUCUUCCGGAGUUUUAUGAUAUCCAGUUUUGCAUGCUAAAAUCCUGUUCCCACAGGGAAAGCAUUAACACAGUCCUAAAAGCAUCAUACAGGAACUCUAGACCCAUUAGCCAGUGGUUUACUUUCUAAAACACACAUAAUACUGAUUUAUAUCUGCCUUUGCAUUGUCAGUCCACAAUGACCAUGUACAUCUCAUAUACAAUUUUCAGUAGUUAAAAUUUUUAUAGCAUGCUUUUAUAGAAAAUGUGUGCUACAGACUGUCUGUACCCUUACAAUUCUGAACAGAUGAUGAAACUUCUUUAAUAAAUGAGUUAAUUUGU